UUGACAUAUGACAGCCUGAUGUUUUUUAAUAUCGUAGAUUUUAUAGCUUCGUCAGUGCGAUGAUUAAUGAAAUUGAGUUUUCCGUACAACGUAAUGUGAUUGUGAUUCCAAUGAAUUUAAAAUAAUGAUAUCACAAUGCACCACGAAGAUGAGGUUGGCAUAUCACUUUGCGAAACGACUUGAGACGAUUCGGAUUUACACCGAUUGAUUGCCUGUGCAAUCAUAAAAAACGCUUUAAUGAACAACAGUAAUUAAUCUUGAUGGAAAUAAUUUUGGAAUUUAAAUGAAUGCUAAUUGUGCCGGAUGUAAAUUUUAUAUACAUAGGUAAACGUGAAAAAUCCUUGGUAUCGUAAUAAUGAGUAUACGAGUGCUUCCUGCAAAGAUAUAAACAUCUCGAUCGUUCUACAAAUUACCUCUUUGUCUUGCGUCUUCUUUUUGUAUUGGUCUGAACAUGUUUUCAAUUGUGUACAACUUGUGGUCGAUGGUUGAAGAUGUUAUAGUUCAGUACAUUGACUUGGACUUUACAUUAUGGCUGACAUGGCUCUUAAUGCCACUACUCAUAACAUUUCUACUCCCGCUUGUAAUUGCGCUGCUAUUGUACUUAACUGCCUUAAUGUUGUACAUCUAUAAAUUACACAGGGUUAGAUUGAGAAAUGCUUAUGGUACUGCAUGGCGAGACACAGCUGUUCAUAUGACCGCAGCUGUCUGGGAUGCACAUGGUUGGAUUUGGCAUGGAUAUGAAAUUGUGGGCUUAGAAAAUAUUCCACAAGAUAAACCAGUAUUAUUUAUAUAUUAUCAUGGAGCUCUCCCAGUCGAUAUAUAUUAUUUCACAUCUAAAGUAUUUCUAUAUAAUUCGAAGCUAGUCCGUCUAGUAGUAGACCGAUUUCUCUUCAAGAUCCCUGGAUGGUCCAUAUUUGCUGACAUUCUGAAAAUUAUACCUGGUACAGUUCAGUCAUGCGCUACUAUUUUAAAAGAAGGGCACAUGCUUGCUAUUGCUCCAGGUGGCGUAUAUGAAGCUCUGUUUGGAGAUUCCUAUUAUGAACUUAUGUGGAAGAAAAGAAUGGGCUUUGCAAAGGUUGCUCUGGAUGCAAAAGUGAGUAUAGUUCCAUUCUUCACGAAAAAUCUCAGAGAAUCAUUUAGAGCAGUAAGUUGGGGAAGAAGAAUAUGGCUGAAGAUAUAUGCCAAGACAAAGCUUCCUCUUGUACCGAUCUAUGGUGGCUUUCCGGUAAAAUUAGUAACAUAUAUAGGCAAGCCUAUUCCAUAUGAUGAGAAUACUACACCCGAAGAAUUACAAAUAAAGGUUGCUGAUAGUCUUAGAGAUUUAAUAAGAAAACAUCAGAAAGUACCUGGUAACAUUACACGGGCUUUAUUCGAAAGAAUACGUAAUACAGAAAAACAUAAGGAUUAGCAAUAAUCUCUCUGAUGUACUUAACAUUCAUAAGAACAAUACUUUUAGAAGUUAUUUGACUCUUUUUUUAGGU